AUGACUGCCGCUACAGAAACAUAUACAUCCUUUGAUCGGUCUCCCGCAAUUGCGCAUAUAACAGACAAUACCAUAUUACCGAAAGCAAAUCAUGAUUUUUUCACCAGCCAUACGAAUGCACCGCGAGUCGUAGGACAUUGUUUGGAUGAUGCGGAUAUUUUGACUUUAAAACGUCAAUACGCGAAUUUUAAUCUUUUCGAGCAGAGUUUCAUAUCGAAUUCAGCCGAAGAUAUCUCUCAACUUGAUCGUCUUUCGCAUCAACCAGAUUUGUUUGGUCAAGGACACCAUGAGAUUGAUGAAGAUGAUUUCCCGUAUGACGAUGCUGGUGCUGAUUACUUUAUCACUAUUGAAGAACGUUUGAAAAAAGCUAAUGAAGAAUUUCAAAAAGAUGAAACACCUGUGGAAUUAAAGCAUGAGCCGCGUAUACAGUUCGAUGCCGUUGUCAAAGCAGUUGACAUUGUUCUCGAAUCUGACGAUCAAGUAGACUCAUCCAUGGAUGAAGCACCAUCAAGCAAUACGCAUGAAUAUACUGUCCCACUUAAUGACACGAAGCCUAAGGAAGGCUUAUCUUUAGUUGAACAAAUUAAAGCAAUACAAUUUCAUAAUAUGCCACCAACAACUACUCAAGAAAGUGAGCAGUCAGUUUCGUCAGGACAAAAUUCAAUGAUUGUUUCUGUCAAUGGUCGAUUCGAUUUACAAAAUGAAGACGAUUAUAUAGCUAAGCAGUCUUUAAAAUCGGACAAGGCUAGCCCGGAGAGAAUCUCAUAUUUACCUACGCCACCAACGGAACCAAAGAAAAAACAAGAUAAACCUCCUCGUCCAUUUCUCGUUCGUCCGAAAUCGUCUGAAAGUGCUCGUCGUGUUGAUAGCAGUUCUAAUAAGAAGAGCAAAGCUGAUAAAACCAAUCGACAACGCCCGACCAGUGCCGGUGUAUCGAAAUCGAUUGAGACUUAUGUAGACAAGCCGCCAUCUGGCGUCGAUUUCGAUGAACUUCUACGGGAAGCUGCAGUCAAAAAACGUGCAGAAAUGCGCGAAGAACGUCGCAGAAAAGCAGAAGAGGAAGAGAAAAGAAACGCAGAAUUAGCAAGAGCCAAAGAGUACUAUGAACGAUGGUUAGAAGAUAAGAAUUCUGAACGUAAACGAAUCAAUGAAGAAAAACGACUCGAAAAAGAAGAGGAAGAAGCACGUCGAUCGGAACAAGAUAAAGAGCUGAACGAAUUACGUGAAAAACGUUUCAAAGAAUGGCUUGACCGCAAAACACACGAAGCCUCUAUUGCGAACCAAUUUCAGAAAUUAAAAGCCAGUGAAGAGGACAUGGCACUUCGUCGCUCAUCAUUUUCUCCCAAUCACAUUCAGACAAAUGGGAGUGGUGAUCACCGCGCAUUUCGACGUUGGCUACGUCAAAAACACGAGCAAGCGCUAGAAGAAAAACGUCGUAUACGUUUCGAAAUUAAACAGCAACGUCGUCGCGAACGACGUUCGAUCAAACGACAUCAACUACAACAAGACAUUCAACUGGCGAAAUCAUACGGAUACUCUUAA